UAAUAUGCAAAUUACAAGAUAAAAUGGAUUAAAGAAGUGCAUUGGAUGAUGUGCCAAAAGGUAAGUGGACAAAAACAGUGGGACGGAGAGAGUAUUAUAAGGAAUUGGACCUUUAAAACGAGUAGUGAUUAGAUUAAGACUCUGAGGCCAUGAUUACAAUUUGGGGAAUCAGAAACGGACCCUAAAAUGAUCACCUAAUUAAGCACCCAAAUUAAAGUGGCUAAUCAAUAACUAAUAAUGUCAAUCAAACCAUUUGUAUGUGUCAGUAUGACAUUUGCUACACAUGGUGCCACUUUGGGGACACCCCAAUUGCCAGCACAAGCAAACCGGCGGCGGCGCCGUCUUAAAAUCGUACGACGGCACCGACUCCGCGGAGUUGGAAGUGGAGGGGACAUCAGCGGCGGCGGCGGGCGGCGGCGAUGGGCCCAUGGACAAAUCGAGAUCGAACGGCGGUUGUGGUUUCGAGGGCCGAGGCUCCUCGGUCGUCGUCCCGCUGCUGCAUUUCGUGUCUUCGUUCGAACACGCCGCCGCCGCCGCAGUUGGGGUUGCGCUCCUGAAGUCCAGGCAAAUGUCCUUUGCUGCAGCGGCGGUGGCGGCGGUUCCGGAGGCGGCGGAGGUGUUGAGCGGGCGGUGGGUUUGUGGGUCCAGGCCACGGCUGAGGAGCUUGCGCUUAAUGUGUGUGUUCCAAUAGUUCUUUAUCUCGUUAUCCGUCCUUCCCGGCAAUCUUCCCGCAAUUAACGACCAUCUGCAUAGUUAAAAAAAAACUAUUAAAUCC